AUGUAUAUGAGAAGAAAUAACAAUAAUUUCGAUAAUAAUUCGAACAGACACAACAAUGCGAAUUAUACUAAACGAAGGUAUAAUGAAGAGGAACAAACUCAGGAAGAUUAUGCAGAGGAAGAUGUCAAAGUAGAAGAAGGUUCGCAAGAACAGUCAGAAGUAAAGAAACCUAAACUUUUCAACAAAAACUUUGAACGUAAACAAUGGCGAUUAAUAGUCAGAAACUUACCUUUCGCGACCAAGGUAGAAGAUCUCCAAAACGUUUGUUCUAAGUUCGGUCGUUUCAAUGAAGUCGUACUUCCACCUUCCAAGACUCUACCUAAAAAAUGCGCCGGUUUUGCGUUCAUCCAGUUCCUCGAGAAAGCUGAUGCUGAGAAGGCGAAAGAGCAUUUCAACUCAAACAAGUUUAUGAAUAGAAGUGUUGCUGCUGAUUGGUCUUUAGCGAAAGAUGCUUAUGAAACUGCUAACCAUGACGAAAAACAGAAGCUUAAAGAAAAAGUGAAAAUCGAGAAAGCAGAAGAUGAGAAAAAAGAUGGUAAAACCACGAAAGUUAAGAAGUUCGAAUCUGAUGAAGAGGAUGAGGAGGAUCAAAGUGACGAAGAAGAUGGCAGUGAAAAUGGAAGCGAUGAUGACAAUAGCGAUGAAGAAUUAGAGGAGGAAGAUAAUGACUCUAAUAAACGUCCAAGACGUACUGACAAUGCUGUCGAAGAAGGUCGCGUUGUUUUCCUUAGAAAUAUUUCAUUUGACACAGAAGAAGAUAAGCUCAAGGAGGAAAUAGAAAUGAAAGUCGCAGAAGUGGACUUAGCUAUUAUUUGUAAAUUCAAAGAUAGUGGUCAUUCUAAAGGAACUGCUUUUGUCCAUUUCAAAACCCCGGAGGAUGCACAGAAAUGCAUAGGAGCUUCCGCGAUGGGCGAGUUAUUCUUAGAUGGCAGACCUCUCAAUGCGAUACUUGCUCUGCCUAGAGAGAAAGCCGAAGAAAUGGAGAAAACCAAGUUGACUAAAGUGCCCAAAGAUAACCGUAAUCUUCGACUUCUUCGUUUCGGUUUGAUUCGUGAGGGAACUACUGCUGCUAAAGGAAUGAGCAAAGAAGAUGCUGCGAAGAGAGUUAAGCUUGCAGAAUCAGCUAAGAAGAAGCUGGAAAAUCUACAUAUGUUUGUAUCUCCUGUCCGUUUAGUUGUUCAUAACCUGCCCGUAAAUAUGAAUGACUACAAGCUACGAGAUAUGUGCAGAGAUGCGGGUGGUGAGGGAGCCUUUGUAACAGAAUGCCGUAUAUGGAGAGAUAAAACAGAAGAUAAACUAGGAAAAUCUAAAGGAUUUGCUUUUGUUAACUUCGAUGAGCACAAGCAUGCCCUUGCUUGUUUAACGAAGAUGAACAAUGAUCCCAAAAUGUUCACAAACGAUAAAAGGCCAAUCGUUGAAUUCUGCAUAGAAAACUUGGCAGCCAUUCAGGCUAAGGAACGCAGACAUUCUAGUAGAAUUGGGGAUAAGAGUAGCUUCAGAGAAAUCAAUGAGAAAGUUAGACAACAGAUUAAAGAUUCUGUUGGAGAGAUUCAUGGUGCUGGUAUGAAGUUCUUACCUAAGUUCUUAGGUAAAAAGUUGAGACACAGAGAUAUGACUAAAUCUCAGAAGAAGAGAUUGAACGUUAAGACUACUGGUAAAACUAAGGGUGGAAAAGACGCUAAGAGUGAUGGUAAGAAAGGAGCUGGCAAGAAGGGAGCUGGUAAGAAGGGUGAUGCAAAGAAGGGCAGCAAGGGUGAAGUGGAGAAAAUCGGAAAAGGAGUGAGAAAAAAUAAGAAACAAAUGACUAAAUAUUUAGCAUUACGUUAG